AAGAACUUCCUUUUCCUCCUAGGUAUGGAACACGUUAUGUGGUGAAUGUUCAUGUACUUAUUAGUGGCAGUCUGAGGAGAAAAUUCCUACUUUUGAUUUUAAUCGGUCAUGUUGUUUAUAUUUCGUUCAUUAUUUUCGGGUAUAGUAUAACAGAAGACCAUUUCUAGUCUCUUUCGUUAGAAGAAUAAUAGGAAAUUUAUGUGAACAAUCAAAUUCCUUCUCAUUUAUAAUUCAGAAUGUCUGCAACUGAAAAUGCUAUCCCAGCAACAGACUGCAGUUCAUCCAAUAAAUUAUCAGUGUCAUCUAGCAAGAGCCAUUUGAUACCUAGUCGAACUAACAGCCCUUGUGCAGAGCAGGCAGUUUCCAAAUUAAAAGGCUCGGUGAACUCUGUGAGUGAAAUGUCUGACAGCUUCACAGAAGCUGAUAAACUGUGUGGCUGGGGAAAUUUUAGACCCUUCUGUUUACAAAAUUUUAGAACACCUCACUGGGUUCUUUUUUGGCUUUGUUGGGCUGGAGCCUUACAAGGACUUAUUGUAAAUGGAUUUAUAAAUGUAGUAAUAACAACAAUAGAGAAAAGAUAUGAACUAAAAAGUACAGAAACAGGACUGGUAGCAGGCAGCUAUGAUAUUGCAUCUUUUCUGUGCUUAAUACCAAUAAGUUAUCUCGGUGGAACACGCAGUAAGCCGUUUUUCAUUGGAAGUGGGCUUAUUAUUUUAGCUUUUGGUUCCUUGGUAUUUUCUUUGCCAUAUUUCCUUGCAGGCCCAUAUACUUUCAGCCAGGAACAGGAUUUCCAUUGUCAUUUAGGACUUCCGAGUUUAAACUAUUCAGUGACUUGUUCUUCAGGAGAUUCAUCGUUAUCCAGUUACAAGUAUGUGUUCUUUAUUGGGCAGCUUCUUCACGGAGCCGGAGCUGUACCACUGUACACAUUAGGUUGCACUUUUAUAGAUGAAAAUGUUCCAACAAAAAUGUCAUCAGUUUAUUUAGGAAUAUUUUACACUAUGGCUAUAAUUGGUCCUGCGAUUGGAUAUUUGCUUGGUGGACAGCUACUGAAAAUAUACGUGGAUUAUGGUGUUGAUGUAAAUGAACUUGGUUUAUCUCCGUCCAGUACUGUAUGGGUUGGUGCUUGGUGGAUUGGCUUUGUUUUUGCAGCAAUUCUUGGUUUACUGAUUGCUAUACCUGUUCUUGCUUUCCCUAGAGUUUUACCUGGUACUGAAAAAGUGAAAUCUGGAAAAGUGAGUGAAAUGCAUCAGAAAUUGGAAGAAAGUGCAGCUGCACGUGUGGAUUUUGGAGCCAGUAUUUCUGAUUUACCUGCAUCAUUUAAACUUUUAGUAACAAACCCUACAUUCGUUUUUUUGAGUUUAGCUGGGGCAAGUGAAGGGAUUUUAGUUGCUGGGUUAGCCACAUUUCUACCAAAACUGAUUGAAUCACAGUUCAGUUAUCAAGCCAGUUUUGCUGCAUUUAUUGUAGGUACAGUAACUAUUCCUGGAGCUGGUGGAGGAAAUCUUCUGGGUGGUUAUAUUGUAAAAAGAUUCAAAAUGAAAUGCGCCAACAUUAUUCGCAUUUGCAUUAUUUUUUCAUUAAUUUGUUUGGCAUUUUCUUUCAUAUUUGUGCUUCACUGCCCUGAUGCUAACUUCUCUGGUGUGAAUAAAAAUGUUCCAAAUAGAACGGGUGAAUCUAAGUUUGUGCUGGAUUGUAAUGCAGACUGCUUGUGCUCUGAUCACAAUUAUGAUCCGAUUUGUGGUGUAGAUAACACAAUAUAUUUCUCUCCUUGUUUUGCUGGCUGCCAAAGUAUUUAUCAAGAAAGUGAAAAAAAGGCUUAUGGUGGUUGUAAAUGCAUUCAACAAGAAGGAAUUAAUAUGACAUUCCAUGGAGUAAACCACAUGAUCCAAGCCACAAGAGAAAAAUGUGACAAUAAAUGUCUUCAUGGCCCUCUGUUUUUAGCUGUUAUAUUCUUUUGCAUGUUUUUUACGUUUCUGGUUAGCAUGCCGUCUUUAUCAGCUACACUCAGAUGUGUUGCUGAAACGCAGAAGUCUUUUGGUUUAGGGAUUCAAUGGAUGGCUGUCAGACUUCUUGGGACUAUACCUGCUCCAGUUUUGUUUGGUUGGCUGAUUGAUAAGAGUUGUAUCUUGUGGCAAGAUUCAUGUGAUGAGCAGAAAGGAUCUUGCCUUUUCUAUAAUAAUGAAGUUAUGAGUACAAAUAUUCUGACAAUUGUUUGCCUGGUGAAAUUUCUGUCUUGCAUAUUUUUCUUCAUUGCAUGGUAUACCUAUCAUCCUCCAGACGCAAGUCCAACUUAUGUUCGAAACCAAUCGCUUUAUGAGCCAUCUUCAGGGGAUAAUGGAGUUCAGUCCAUUUCAAAAUCUGAUGGUAAUUGUCCACAAGAUGAGCUUUGUGUUGGAAUUAAAUUUGUUCCGUAUCAAAAUGAUGCUUUUACAUCUUGUGAAGCAAAUACUAGUAGUGUGCUGUGAGCAUUGGGUUUUAAAAAAUUCACUGUAAUGUUUUCAAAAUGGAAAUAUGUUUAAUUUCUGUGAAGGCCAAAUGUAUUUAAUUGUAAUUGCAAUUAUUUAUUGUAAUUUAUUUGUACAGUAAAUGUUUUAUGUGAUAAUGUUUAUUAUGUAACUUUUAGAUCUGAUGUUCAUAUCACAUAAUAUAAUAUAUGUUGUAAAUAUAGGUUUUAAAAUAUUAUGUGAUACAGAUAAACUAUUGAAGAAUGACACAAGGUACAAAAUAUAUAUUAUAAUGUUAGUGCGAGUAGGAUUAAAAUGUCUUGACUUGAAAUAGACACUAAGUGAUGAAUGUCACUUUAUUUGUUGAGAUCUGAUAUUUAGAGUCCUAUUAAUGUUAAUAUUACAGAGUUUAAUGUUACUAGCUUUCUUUACUUAAUUUUCAGUACAUCCCGUCCAAUCAAGAUUGAAUACUAUAAAAAUUGUUUCAAAUUAAUUAAAUAUGUACCUGUUACUUGAAAUUUUUAAAUGGCAGCCUAUUAUCAAAACUUUAUUAAAUAAGUAAUGUGCUAACUAUAAAUAAUUUAUUUUAAAAAAGUUAUAUUGUAAGGCUAAAGAGAAAUUACUUUUGAAAGAAUAGUAAUUUUAAACUAAAUGAAAAUGCAUACUGAUUUGGGUAGGAAUUAACAUAUCCAAAUGUAUAUAUUGACAUUAGGAGAUCUUGUUUACAUCACAUGCAUUAUUUAUAAUAUUCUGAACAGAAAUCUGAUAUAUUGCUAGUUUUAGAAAUAUUUUAUAAAUUUAUUUUAAAACCUCAAAAAUAAAUCAACCAAAUUUGAUACUAAAUAAUACUGCAGGAAAUUUCCCUUAACUCAAACUGGGGGAAAAAGUACCAGCAUUUGAAAAUUUUUGCAAUUUUGUAUUAAAGCUUAAUUACUUAAUUUUAAGUUUAUUAAUUAUAAAAAAAUUAUAAUUUUUAUUGCAUUUUUUCAUUUGUGUUAUGUUUUUUAAUCUGAUUUUUUUCACUCAUUCUGCAUUUAGAUAAAAUGUUUUGUAUAAAUUAUAUUCACAUUUUGUGUUUGAGAUUUAAUAACACUUUCAUUCUGCCAAAGGUUGUGAUAUGAUGGUAUAAUGUUUAUUUUGUAGUUAUUUAUCAUUAUUGUGAGAUACAAUGAGAUUUAUAUGUACAAUAAAGAUAAAAUACUCUUU